CUUUGGGCGACGUGGAAAUAUGGAAGCGUAUAUAAGGAGCCGGUAGCUCCGGGUCGUGUUUCUGGUACAUAGUACCAACAUAAAAAGGUCCUCGUAGGGCGGAUUACUGGAGGUUGUACCGCAAGAAUGAUGUCCAAGAAUGUCGUUGAACCAUUAGGAAUUGCUCUGAUUUUUACCACGGCGACAAUUGGAAACAGGAGGAGGGAAAGCGACCUAAGAUACGAGAAAUUGCUCCAGCCCGAAUCUUCUCGACCGGAUGAAAGAACGCCCCUACUCCAACCUCCUCACUCUUUGCCACCUCAACCAAAAUCACACAGUCUUCAGCACUGGCUGCCAUAUCCAGACACUCGACAAUUUCACAACAAUAUUCCCUCACGAAUCCUCCGAAAAUUCCCUUUCCUCCUCGAGAUAUGGUACUGGGCUUUGACGUACUGGCCGUACCAGCUAGCGCGAGCUCGAACAGCGGUUUGGAUUAACAGCGACCCUGACCGGAAAGCCGCGAUAUUUGCACAAGCUGAAAGAAACGCUAUCCGUGUUCUGCGAAUUGAGGAGUGGCUGAGUAUAAAUAUAGAGCAUGGGUUGCAACAUUUCAUCUUAACUCGAUGUCGAUAUUGGGUUAUGACAGUCCUAUGUGAUGUCUACCUGUCUCACAUUGCUGUUGGCGUUGCUUUUCUCGGAUAUGCAUACACUUGUUUCCCACGAGAACAGUACCAGCGAGUUCGUCGCUCUAUAUUUCUCAACAACAUACUCGCCUUCCUGAUCAUGAGCCUGUAUCGAUGUACUCCUCCCCGCCUAAUGCCGUCCUCUCAUCACUUCGUCGAUGUCUUGCACCCAAAUCCCUCAAACCCAGGAGCCACUCCGCCAAGUGACUGGGCGAACAAUCGAUUCCAAUUGACGAUUGCCGCGAUGCCAUCUCUGCAUUUUGGGACUGCGUUGCUGAUUGGCCUUUCGGUCGCAAGAUGGGGGACACAUUUGUGGUUCAGUGUCCUCGGAUAUUUAUAUCCGGUACUUAUGUUUGUGGUUGUGAUUAGUACGGCGAAUCAUUGGGUGCUGGAUUGUGUUGCGGGUUUGUGUGUUGUUGGGCUCGGAUGGGGUUUGAAUUGGGUUGUGCUCCUGUUGGUACCCGUGGAGCAAUGGUGUUUGUGGGUUUUGAGGGUUGAGAAGCCCGGCGAAGUUAUGAGGAUAUCGGGUGAAGAUGUGCAGGAGGGCAAUGAGGUAGUUGUUGUCUCGUGAGGACUUGGAUACCUGCGAUACCUUGUCUUUUGAGGUCGACAAAUAGCUCUUGAGACGUGGCCGUGGCACCUGUGAUAGCAUCCAGAUGCUCGGA